AUGAAGCUCCUUUUCAUCGCUCUGAUGGAGGUGGUGGAGUGCCUCCUAUUCCCAGAUAUCACAGGAUGGAACAACUUCACACUGGUCGAAGAGCCCUUCCUUCCAACGGUCAAAGAGAUAGACGACAUGGAGGCACCCGAGACCGCCGCGAGGUGGCAUGUUUGGAUGCUGGUUAUGCUUGGCAUCGCCUUCCUUGUGGCGGUCGCUGGCACGUUAAUCCUGAAAUGCGCUGAACGGGGGCCACAGACAGAUCCUGCACAACCAGGCGGCGACUAUGCUCCCUUGAAGGUGGCCUCGCGUCUGGUCUCCUCUGCAGCGGAACAGGACAGCACCAUCGAGCGAUCCACCGCGACCGUGUCGUUCAAACCUCGCACUCUCAAGGUGCUCCUCGCGAUCUCUCUGACGAUCACUUUCUCCACCAGUUUCGCCGCCUUGGCCUGGAGCAGCCGCACCGGAAGGUUGUCGAAAGACUGUGGUGCCGACUGGGAGGUGUAUGCUGGCCUCCUCGCGUGCAGUGGCCUGGCGCUGGUCUUGCAAGCUCUGAUCAUGGCGCGGCGCCUUCCUCCCGGUGAGAAAUUCGGAACUACUGCUUUCGCCCAGGCCUGCAUCACCGGCAUGGCCCCUGUCCUUUCGGAUCAAUACGAUACCAUGAAGGACGUCAUGUUCGCCUUUCUCUGCAUGCAAUCCGAGCAUGUGGAGAUUCAAGCCAUGGGCAUUUUCUCCCUGCUGUGGCUGGUUGGCGUCCACGCGGUCUGCUUCGCCUACGAGGACACUACUGCGGAGCUUUUGGCCUCGCACCUCUCCGUGUUGCUUCUCACUCCAGACACAGGAGCUGGGGUGGCUUUCCGGGACGAGCUCCUUGUGCUGCUGUACAAGCAGCUCACGCCAACAAAAAGGUUCCUUCUUCUGCUCGAGAACGUCCCACAAGCCAUCUGCGCCAUCAUCUUCUUGCGCUAUGAGGGUGGAUCCGUCGUGGUAACUAUGUUGAGCUUGGCAAUUCCCGCACUGCAGAUUGGGCUCGCAUUCCUGCUGUAUGGCGCGGUCCGUGCGCAGGUCGCUCCCUACUUCGGGCGAAGGCUUCGAGCACUGAUAUCGGCCGGGGACCAGCUGCUGGCGCAACGCCUCUGGCGCGAGGCAGACUUUGAAUCCGACAGAGGGCUUUUCCGGCAAGCAGUGGCCUUCAUGCACUGCAAGGAGAUCGGCGCGGAGCGAUACGACACCGUCAUCAGCCUUUGGAAGGUCGCGCUGGACAUGCACAGUGGACUCGGAGAGGAGCAGUGGGACUUGAGCGACCUCGGCCUGAAGGAGGAAGUGCCUCUCGUCGAGGCUUUCUUUGCCGAGCUUGCAGCUAGCGAGUGCCAGAAGCUGGACGUAGACCUUUCGCAGAACCAGCUAGGCGAUGCAGGCGUGAGCGGAGCUUUGGCCAGGGCAUUCUCCGGCUUGAAGAAGCUGCAAAACUUGUCCUUGAACCUGGAGAUGUGUGGUUUGGGCGCGGAGGGUACCGGUGCCCUGGCCGGCACCAUCGGCGGGCUGGUUGAGCUGCAGAAGCUCACUUUGAACCUGAAGGGAAACAGGCUUCGCCGAGGCGUGAGCGGAGCUUUGGCCAGGGCAUUCUCCGGCUUGAAGAAGCUGCAAAACUUGUCCUUGAACCUGGAGAUGUGUGGGUUGGGCGAGGAGUGUGCCCUCUCCUUGCUGGAGGCCCUCCGGGCGACCCAUCCAGCAGCGAGCCAGCUCGAUCUCGGUGACAACGACAUCGGAAAGGGUGCCGUCGCUCUAGCCAGGGCCCUCCGUUCCGGGGAGGUCAGUUGCCACGUGACCCACCCGGUGGUGGAGAUGUUGCUCCGCGAGGAGUUCAAGGACGAAGAGGCGGGGAAGCUCGAGCUGAACCUCCGCAGCAAACAAGACUUCGGGUCGCUCUGCCAAGCGCUGCCACUGCUCCGUCUGUGGGAAGUCGAACUCCACUUUGCCGACCUCGGACUGGGCGAUCAAAGCGCCAGAACCCUGGCCACAUCUUUGUCCAGCCAGAGUUACGUCCGGAAGUUGUCCCUCAACCUGUCGGGCAGUCAGCUGGGCGAGGGUGGCGUCGUCUCCUUGCUGGAGGCCCUUCGAGCGACCCGCCCAGCGUCGGUGCAGCUCAAUCUGGGUGACACGGACAUCGGACAGGGUGCCGUCGCGUUGGCCGGGGCCCUCCGUUCCGGGAAGGUGCAAGGCCGGGUCACCCACCCCGUCGUGGAGUUCUUGGUUCAGUUGCAGGACGAACGGUUCAAAGAGCUCAAGCAAGCGCAAAAGCUCGAGCUCGAUUUCAAAUGGCGUGGGGAGGAGUUUCUGAAGGCUUUUGGGCCGCUCUGCCGGGCCCUGCCGAAGCUCCCGCCGCUCCGAGAGCUCGCGCUUGUCGUCUGCGACUGCCCUGACGAGGCCCGGGCCCUGGCCAGUGCCCUGGCCGCGGGCCUCGGCAAGCAAAAGAAGCUGCAGAUGCUGACGUUGGAGCUGUCUUCAGUGGACCGGGUCCUCCUCGGCGAGGAGGGCGCAAAGGCCGUGGCCUCUGCGCUCCGCGAGCUGACGGAGCUCAGGACGCUCAAGUUGAAUCUGGGCCGCAACGACAUCGGCCCAACCGGCGCUGCAGCUGUGGCAGAGAGCCUGCGGAGGCUGCAGCAGCUUACGCGGCUGGAGGUUGAUCUGUCUGAGAACGGGCUCGGCCCAGCCGGUGCCACAGCCAUGGCUGAGAGCCUGCGUGAGCUGCGGCAGCUCACUUGGCUCCAGGCUUGGCUGCAUCGCAACGAGCUCGGCCCACCCGGCGCCAUGGCGGUGGUGGAGAGCCUGCGAAAGCUGCGGCAGCUCACGCUGCUCUGGGUUUGGCUGGGGAACAACGCGCUCGGCGAGGAGGAGGAGGCCAAGCUAUGGUCCGCCCUCGAUGCACUGCCAAUUGGCGACAAGAACAUCAACUUUGAUCCGAGGCCUCGGUGUGCUGGUGGCUUCUCCUGA